AAGAUGAAUCAAGCACUGCUGUUUACGUUAUUGUUUGCUUUUGUCAUUCAAAUAAAUGGAUUGUCCAUAUUCACGGACAGCAGCGACAACAGUUCAUCUUUACUGGACAUCAGUGAUCCGGACUCCAAAAAUACAGACGUCUUCCGACAGUUGCUGAACCAAGAAACAAUCAUCAGAAUGUCACUGGUGAAGAACUAUCACGCUUUAAUGAAGGACAUGAUAGAUCUGAAGAAAAGCAUGGAGACAUUGGAAACAUCCCAGCAGAAAACAGACGUAGAGGUGACCGCCUUAAAACAGGAGGCUGAUAAACUAAAAAGAGAAAACCAAAGACUUGAACUUGAAAACAGGCGAUAUGAAGAAACUUUCAGAGCUGUUGCAGAAAAUUUCACCAAAGUCGACGAACACAUUCAACAGGUUGUGGAACAACUGGAAGAGAAAAGAGAACGCUUUGAGACAAACACUAGUGGAGUUCUGGCAGAUCUUAAAGUGGAAGUUCGGUACCUGUCAGUGACUCUUCUGGACUUGAAUAAACAUACUUUGGACAUGGACAGAAAAUUUCCAGAAAUGAUCCAGGAAAAGUAUGAACAGUUAUCUUUGAAAUUGAACACUACUGUGGAAAACCUGAAUAAUGAUAUAAUGACAACAAAUACAACACUGUUGAAGUCAGUUUCUGACCUCGAAAACUCAAAAAAUAUUUUACAAAAUUCUAUAUCUGUCGACAUCAAUAAAACCUUAGACGACUUGAUGGCGGAAGUCAAGCAAUCUAAGUAUGACAAACUGCAGCUGUCUUCUACCGUGUCGUCUCUCGAGGUGUUCCGAAUGAAUGUGACGAAUACUAUGUUUGGUAAGUCAAGGAAUAUAGCCUUUUCUGCCUCGAUGUCCUCCGGCAGCUCUUCUUGGAAAGGUGAUACCCUGGUAUUUCCUGCUGUUAUCACCAAUGAAGGAAAUGGAUACAACCCGAGUAACGGAAUAUUUACAGCUCCUACCGCCGGGAUGUAUGUCUUCUUCGUCAAUGUUCAGAGUUACAAUGGAAAUGAUAUUUAUGUAAACAUUGUGUUGAAUGGAUCAAUUAAAGUCAGAACUAUGGCCUUUACUAACUACGAUGCAGGUCCCAAUCUGGUGGUCCUGAACAUUCAGAAGGGAGACGCGGUGUGGAUCAAACGUUACUCUGGUACUGGCUAUUACCACGAUGGUCCUAUUACUACAUUCUCAGGUUUUCUCAUACACAUGUAAUUAAAUAUUAAAAAGUUCAAUGUGCAUGCUAUAGGCAAUGAUUAUGUAAGUUCCUU